CAGUGGUGAGGAGAGUGCUACUUUUGGGUCUUCAUUCAAACUAUUGAUGUUGACUAUGACUCUUGGUGUGAUGUUCAGGUUGCCUUGGAUAUGCCUUUACUUCAUAAGUGAAAUCGGCUGUCAACAACUUCAACAAGGGUUGGUAGUUCCCCAGAGUUUUGGGUACUCUAGAGUCAGGCCCACCCCUCCUGGCAUGGGCUCUGUACCCUCCCUGAACGAAGGUGAAGGUGUCCCAAGAUACAAUGGACCUUCUAAGGAAAACACAUUUUUAAGUAGAGGAGCUUCCUCAUGACCCAGCAAGCCAGAUGCAGAUGCCAUCAAACCAGGCAAGCCAUGUCUGGAUGCCCUCUGCUCAGGUGAGCCAAGACGGCAUUUCUUCAAUCCAGGCAAACCCAGUGUGGACUCUCCUCACCCCUGCUCAGGAGAUGCCCCAGGCCCCAGUGAGCCAGGCAGCCCAGGUGCACCAGGCACCGGCCAAGAUGCCCCAGUGAGCCAGGCAGCCAAAAUGCCCAAGGUGCAGGCCCAGAUGCCCCCGGCCCCAAUGAGCCAGACAGCCAAGAUGCCCCCAGCAUGGGCCCAGAUGCCCCCAGCCCCAGUGAGCCAGGCAGCCAAGAGGCCCCCAGGCGCAGAUGCCCCCAGCAUGGGCCCAGAUGCCCCAGGCCCCAGUGAGCCAGGCAGCCAAGAGGCCCCAGGUGCAGAUGCCCCCAGCAUGGGCCCAGAUGUCCCAGGCCCCAGUGAGCCAGGCAGCCAAGAUGUCCCAGGCGCAGGCCCAGAUGCCCCCGGCCCCAGUGAGCCAGACGGCCAAGAUACCCCAGGCGCAGAUGCUACCAGCCCCAGUGAGCAAGACUGCCAAGAUGCCACCAGUGAGCCAGGCAGCCAAGAUGCCCCAGGUGCAGGCCCAGAUGCCCCAAGCUCCAGUGAGCCAGGCAGCCAAGAUACCCCAGGCGCAGAUGCCACCGGCCCCAGUGAGCCAGACGGCCAAGAUGCCACCAGUGAGCCAGACAGACCAGAUGCCCCAGGCGCAGAUGCCCCCAGCAGGGGCCCAGAUGCUACCGGCCCCAGUGAGCCAGGCAGCCAAGAUGCCCCAGGUGCAGGCCCAGAUGCCCCCAGCAUGGGCCCAGAUUCCACCGGCCCCAGUGAGCCAGGCAGCCAAGAUGCCACCAGUGAGCCAGACAGCCAAGAUACACCAGGUGCAGAUGCCCCCAGCAUGGGCCCAGAUGUCCCAGGCCCCAGUGAGCCAGGCAGCCAAGAUGCCCCAGGUGCAGGCCCAGAUGCCCCAAGCUCCAGUGAGCCAGGCAGCCAAGAUACCCCAGGCGCAGAUGCCACCGGCCCCAGUGAGCCAGACGGCCAAGAUGCCACCAGUGAGCCAGACAGACCAGAUGCCCCAGGCGCAGAUGCCCCCAGCAGGGGCCCAGAUGCUACCGGCCCCAGUGAGCCAGGCAGCCAAGAUGCCCCAGGUGCAGGCCCAGAUGCCCCCAGCAUGGGCCCAGAUUCCACCGGCCCCAGUGAGCCAGGCAGCCAAGAUGCCACCAGUGAGCCAGACAGCCAAGAUACACCAGGUGCAGAUGCCCCCAGCAUGGGCCCAGAUGCCACCAGCCCCAGUGAGCCAGACAGCCAAGAUACCCCAGGCGCAGAUGCCACCACCCCCAGUGAGCCAGACUGCCAAGAUGCCACCAGUGAGCCAGGCAGCCAAGAUGCCCCAGGUGCAGGCCCAGAUGCCCCAAGCUCCAGUGAGCCAGGCAGCCAAGAUACCCCAGGCACAGAUGCCACCGGCCCCAGUGAGCCAGACGGCCAAGAUGCCACCAGUGAGCCAGACAGACCAGAUGCCCCAGGCGCAGAUGCCCCCAGCAUGGGCCCAGAUGCUACCGGCCCCAGUGAGCCAGGCAGCCAAGAUGCCCCAGGUGCAGGCCCAGAUGCCCCCAGCAUGGGCCCAGAUGCCACCGGCCCCAGUGAGCCAGGCAGCCAAGAUGCCCCAGGCCAAGAUGCCCCCAGCAUGGGCCCAGAUGCCCCAGGCCCCAGUGAGCCAGAUGGCCAAGAUGCCCCCAAUUAGCCAGGUAGCCAAGAUACCCCAGGCGCAGAUGCCACCGGCUCCAGUGAGCCAGACCGCCAAGAUGCCACCAGUGAGACAGACAAGAUGCCCCAGGCGCA